AUGCCGCAGACGCCGUCGACCCGUUGGUGCCCGACGCCGGAGCAGCUUAUGAUCCUGGAGGAGAUGUACCGCAGCGGCGUGAGGACGCCCAACGCGGCGGAGAUCCAGCAGAUCACGGCGCACCUCGCCUACUAUGGCCGCAUCGAGGGCAAGAAUGUCUUCUACUGGUUCCAGAACCACAAGGCCCGCGAGCGUCAGCGUCUCCGCCGACGCCUCUGCGCGCGACACCAGCAGCAGUACGCGCAGCAGCAGGCCGCCGCCGCGCCUCCUCCCCUCAUCCCCCCUGCGGCCGGCGGAAGCAGCGCCGCCUCCGCCGUGCAUCCGGCGGUGAUGCAGCUGCACCAUCACCACCACCCAUACGCAGCAAGCACCCAUAUGCCCCACCCCCACCUGCAGCAGCAGGCGGCGGCGCUCCUUCCAGCUCCUCCGAACCCAGCUGCAGGAGGCAAUAAGCAGGCUACUGCCGCCGGUGCCUAUGGAGGAGCAGCUGCGCUGAGCAAUCAGCAGCACCAGCAUCUGGAGGAGUGGGACACAGAGAUGAUGAUGGAGCACUGCAACGCCAACUCCGGUGCCGCAUCCGGCAGCUCCGACGAGGGUGGCGCUGGAGCAGCUCUUCAGCUGCCGCCAUGCUGCCGUCGCCCUCUCAAAACCCUGGACCUCUUCCCCACCAAGAGCACUGGCCUCAAGGACGAGUGCAGCAGCUCCAAGUCCUCCUCCUGCUCCACAUCCACCAACUAA